ACAAACAGGACGAAAGUCUAUGCGAUAAUCGCAGACCUAGCGACGACCUGCGAUCAUCGCAAAGUGCAAGUCCAGAUGACAAUUUUGCUCACUGGGCAGAGCCUAUUGUUGCUUGCGUAAGAAAUUUUAAAAGUGGCACAUUGAUUGUGAAUAGCGCACCAUUUAGAGACGCGCUCUUGGAGGCCGAGAGAAAUUGGGUAGAAGAAAACAUAGACUAUAAAACAGAAGAGGAAAAGCCCCAAAACACAAAUAAAGGGGAUCAGUCAAGGGAGGAACUUAUUUCUGAAUUAAAAUCAGAAGUAGAAAGACUUAGGUUGGCCAACCUUGACCUUGAAAAAGAGGGGACGGCGAGAGGGCUACCUGUACUUCACCCGAUAGAGAUCACUACUGCUAGACCCGAAAAUGUAGCUGAAUUAUUAUCAGAAAUAUACAACACAGAGUGGCAGCCUGCCUUUGAAUUCUUCAUUUACAAGAAAAAACUCAGAGAAAGAGAGGCCACAGAGGAACUGCUUAAAAUUCUUCAGGAUUGUUUUGAAUUCUGUGAAAACCUGUCUAGCGAACAUCUUAGAGAUCUAACCGACACCUUGUUUGUUCCUACUUCAAACCAACAUCUACUGAAAAAGAUUCGUAUACCCCAGUCUACGGAACAAACUGACCAACAAGUAUCGUUAGAACUCUCUAGACUCAGGAGAUCAGUAAACCCUCAGAUAGUUCCAGUAAUUGAACAGUUGUUUUUCUUAACGGAAAAACCACAUCUGAAGGCCCAUUUAAAGGCGGUCAAAGUGCAUCUUUUCAUCAAACUUUGUCUGAAGUGCGCGUGGAUUUCUGCCAUACAGGACAGACCAUUAUCAGUAACUUUCAAAGUGAGGCCAGGUUCACCAUUUUCUUCCGAUAUAAUGAUUUCUCGGAAUGCCCCAGCCCCAGAUGUGGACUAUUUAGUGUGGCCAAUUGUGUUCUUGUAUGACAGAGGACCGAUCUUGCUUAAAGGGAUCGUCCAUUGCUCUCAAAAAAGAUGAAUUAUAGUUCAAUUGAAAUUUUAGUUUUUCAGGGUUUUACAUGUGGAAGGUAUAUUUAGACCACUCUUGCUCGAAAUGAUGGAGAAUCAAACAUUAUAAUCGAUAAAUUCUACUAUGAAAUAUGUAAACGUUGUGGGGCUGUUCAAUUUUUAUUUUUAUUGAUUUUUUUUUUUUGAGGUAUGGAGUGACGUAUGAAUUUAUCCCAACCGUGUACAAAACAAAAUUGGACUUCUGAAUGUUUGAUUGCCAUUACAUUGUAGUGCAGUGCAAUAUAGGUAUAGGUAAAUUAUGAAGAUACGAAGCAUUAAUAUGCUUGCGGGUGAAAAUAAAAUUACUCACCAGUCAAAAAGGAGUGUUGAUUUCUUCAGAAUAUUUUUUGCUUGUCCAAACUAGUCGUUCGAUAAAAAAUUAUCAAUACGUACAACUUUGUCGAAAGAGUCCCCAGACAUAAUUAAGUGCUGUAGACUGUUAAUUGAAAUUUGUAUGAAAGAAUACAUGCAGUCAUAUAUCAAUUAAAAAAUAAAUUAAAUAUUUCA